GGUACUUCCCAAGCCGUCCAACUUCCGGGUUGUCCAUCCGCUAAAAUACACGUGAAAACGGUUGACAUUGCUGAACCUUGGUGGAAGAUGGAGUCUUUUUGAGGAUCACUCAUUAUACAGAGGAAAUGUGAGUAUAGAGGUUAUGGUCCGUAGUUAAUGGUGGUUAUUAUUGAGCUCUUUCCAUGCUUGAAGAGGGCUUGUUAAUCCGAUGACUAGCUAGCAUACAUCUCACUUUAGCUUCAUGUAGCGUCUGUAUCUGUUUAUGUCCCAUCACCGCCAUUAAGGGAGAGCGGGGUAAGAUGAGCCACUUUUCAUAUUUCUACAUCAAGGCAAUCAUAGUUUUGUCUCUAACUAGUGUAUCUGCAUAUAUUUCAAGAUGUUGUGCAUCCCUGCAAACCAACAGAAUGAGUGUAAACACAACUGUCUUGAUAAUGUAGCAUGCCAACAAAAGUGGUCUCCUAUGGUCAACUUACCCCAGCCCUCUCCCACCUUCUCUCUCCCUAAAUAACAGUCACUUCUUCACAUUCAUGUGUAUUUUUAUCUAUUAUACUCUAUUCAACUGGUACAAUAAUUGUUUUUAAUUAGUAUUGCAUAUAACUGCCAAAAAGCUGUUUUGUAAAAAGCCACUUUUACAUGAGAAUGCCUUUAAGUGAGUCAGACACAAUUCUAAUAAAAGUUAUGACGGACUCAAUUUACUUUCAGGGUGAAAGAUGUUUUUUUUUGUAAAUAAAUGUCUAACCCCUUCAUCCAUGUGCUUCUAACCUUCACAGACUCCAUGAAUUGAUGCCCAUCUCCUAAAUAUUUGGUCACAUGAUCAAUUUCUUUGACCAUUUCCAAGAAACAGGGGGUGGCUCAACUUACCCUUUGGCUAAACUUACCCGACUCUCCCCUAAAUGUUAAAAUAAUAUCCCCACACUUGUAUACAGUGAUAGUUUGUUCAGCUCUUCUCUGCUUUAGUGAAAUGUUUUAGCUUUUUUUAUGAAUUUCAAUGCAGUAAUUAUCUGAUUUUGUUUUUUUCCCCCUCAGAUUCACCAUGACUUCCUCAUGUGUAAAGCUGUGUCUCCAAUGCAGAAGUCUUCUUUGCUCUAAGACAGUGGCAAAUUCCUGGAAGUAUGCUACUCAUUGCACUGCUGUUCCAGGGAUCCUGGUCAAUUUCCCGCAAAGAUUCUCAAUGAUCAGUGGGAAUCACAAAACAACUCAGAUGAACUUGAAGUGGAAACAACAGAUGUUGUUUUAUAGUACCCUCUCUGUCGAUCCACCGACUACAGAGACCAGAGAAAAUAAGGAUUCUGAGGAGCUUCCAAAAGCUGAUGUUGUAGCGUACCAGAACCCAACGCUGCCAAUCAGAGAUGCAGUGCCAGCAACUGAGAGCGAGCUGUCUUUAGGUACUCAAUGUUUUCCUUUUUUUACUUGACUUAUGAUCUGUCGUAACAUGUAAUGUUUUUCCAGAAAGAAUUCAAGGUCACAUUAUCUUCCUUAUGCUCCAGAUCUAGAUGCUGCGGUUGAAUUUUCUGCAUUAGAGGAGAUCAGUAAUGAAGAGGCUGUCGGUAUAUCUGUUCCCCCUGCCUUGCCUCCAGCCUCCACAACCCUGAGAGACUACGUUGACCACUCUGAGACACUAACCAAACUAGUUCAACUAGGUAAUUAAACCACAGACUUUAGAUAUGUAACAAAAUUGAUAUUAAAUCAGAAUUACUUUUAGUUUAAAGCAUAUUAUCAAUGAUGUUACAAUGAUGACAGGAUAAAGUUUACUUUUUUUUCUUGUUCAUCCUCUUUAUGCAGGUGUAAACUUAUGGAAGCUUGAAGAGAAGCCCAAUGUGGGCUCCAUGCUGUUGAGGCUCAAUUUUGACACAGAUGUGGCCCCAAGGCUGCUGUUUCUCAAAGAGGUCGGAGUGGAGGACUCUCGUUUUGGCUAUAUCAUCUCACACAACCCUUUCUUUCUCACACAGGAUAUGGAAAACCUGCGGGCAAGGUGAAUAAGGGGAUCUUGGAAAGAAAAUAUUUUAUACUUUUUUACAUAGUAAAUUCUAUCAGUCUGAAGAGUUGUCAUGUAUAUCUUCUUAUGAGUGACUGAAACUCUGAUUUAUUAAUAAUGUUCUUUGUUUUGUUGUUUGUAAAGAGUGAACUACCUUAAGUCCAAGAAGUUCACCUCUGCGAUGGUUGCAUCCAUGGUGUCAAGAGCUCCAUUUCUGCUGAACUUCAGUGUGAAGAGGCUGGACAACAGACUGGGUUUCUAUCAGCAGCAACUCAAACUCAGUGCCACUAAUGUGAGCAUCUUUUAGCAGAAAUAAUGAUUUUCAGUGUACAGUGUCUUAAGAAAAGAACAGGUGACUUUGUUGUUCAAAAUGAGAUGAUUUAAUUAUAGUUUAUGGUUUUUUUUUUCUUUUUUUAGACACGGGAGGUCGUAGCUCGCCUGCCCAGAUUACUGUGUGGAAGUUUGGAGCCAGUCAAGGAAAAUUUAAAGGUAUUGAAUUGUAAUUAUUGUUAUAAAAUUGUAAACUCAUAGAUUUGAGGUGCUAUGUUCAAAUGCUUUUUGUCAAUGUCUUCAACAGGUGUGUGAAAUAGAGCUUGGCUUCAAGCAGAAUGAAAUUCAACACAUCGUUCUUGCUGUUCCUAAAGUGCUGACAGCCAAUAAAAGGAAGCUAACUCAAAUAUUUGACUACGUUCACAAUACCAUGAAGAUACCGCAUCAUCUGAUUGUCAAGUUCCCACAGGUACAUCGACCACUAUUAUUACUUUCAUUUCUUGCUUUUUAAUUCAAGAGUUGAUUUAAGCUUUAUAGUUGUACGUUUGAUAUUUCCUCCUAUAGCUCCUCAAUGCCAAGUACUUGCGCAUCAGAGAGCGCCACCUGUUCCUCGAAUACCUUGGCAGGGCUCAGUAUGAUCCAGCCCUGCCCAACUACAUCGCUCCAGACCGCUUAGUGUCUCUUCCAGAUGAGCUUUUCUGUGUUGACCUGGCUCUGGCCACUUUGGAAGACUUUUAUUUGUUUCAAAAGACACUGUGAUUCAUCAUGAAGGGACUUUCAAACAGACCUCAAAACCAAGCUGUGGAAGACACAGAAUAAAAAGAUAAGUACAUAACAGGUAUCAAUGGUGAUGCAGGAACUGAUUUGUUUGUAUUGUAAAUUUGAUGUUAAAUAAAUGUACAGUGUGUCUUCUGCCAAGAAUUGGAAUCUGUGAUGCCGUGUGUCUCCAGGUGUUUAUUUUGCUACAUAAUGAAACAAUAAAUGUGAGAAAAAAAUGAACUAGUUUGUGGCACAUCCAACAUUUGAUUCAGCUAGGAAAGUGCUUACAAAUGUAUAGUUUUUAAAGAUCAUCUAUGAAAAACAGUGUUUCUAAGUUUUAGAGAGAAAAGAUUCAGCUUUUUAGUGGUGGAUUGCAACUAAUUUUACACACACUAAUGUAUCUUUAACUGCAGACCCCAAAUACUUGCUGUUGUGAUUUGUGUUUUUAUUCUCGUUCUAAAUACAUUUUAAAGUAAAGAGGUAUUUUUACAGUCAUACCUUGCAUAUGUAUAAGUAUAGUUGAAAACCAUCCAAAAUACUCUGGUAAUUGUUAAACCCUUUCUAUUGUUUUUGAUCUAGUGUUUCUAAUUUUGCAUGACCAGCCAUAACAUAAACGUCUUGACAAUCUAAUGCAACUAAAAAUAUAAGGAACACCUUCCAGUAUUAAACAAUAUUAAAAUGGAAAGACACAGUGUAUGAAUUUAAUUGUAAGUUUCAAAUAACGAUAACGUUAUUAGAGACUUAUUUAAGUCACU